UGUGUAGCUGGUGGGCGCAACACAUUUUCUUGAAUCCGGGUCCGGCGUGCCGACGACACCGAUGCCUGCGUGCCCACGGACUGAUCACAGGGCUUUUACCCGAACAGCACUGAAUGGUAGCAGCUGAGAGACGGGUGCGGAGCAAGGGCGGCCAAACCCGGAGGAUUUCUCACGGCUCACGGACUAGAAUGCACUUCUAUAUGUAUCCCCAUGAACGGAUGACAACCUCCAAACAAACCUACACUGAAAACUUUCAGCUCUGCAUCUGACGCGGGGGUGUUAUUGACAUUUUUUAUCAGUCAGGUCCAAGAGCAGACAUCAUGCAGGUGCAAACUGUGGGCUAACGUUACUGAAAUGACUUGCUCGGCGCUGACGCGUUUCAUUGUACCAUGCCAGCCCCGCAUUGUCAGAUGCCAUUUUACUCUGCGUUACCCCAGCGUCUGGACUUCCAACAUACUGGGCCUGUUGUGUAAUUAGAAGUCUGUGAGUGAGGCAGUGGCAAACGAGCUGGUGCAAUGAGAAGCUACGUUGUCCAAGGCAUUGUGCGCAAUUUGUGCUGAAGCUUAUGGGUCCUGCGUACUCCAGCUCCCGGCUUCCACUUGGAGAGGUGUGCUGCGGGGCUACAGCGCACUGGCUGUCAGCUUCACAUCUGGACCGCCUGGAUACUGUCAUCUGCGGCCUGCUCGGACUGUGCACUCCCUGAACUUGUAUGUCUGAGUGGGAAAACUUAUUGACAUCGCCUCGGAUGGUGUCGUGUUAGGGGAAGGGGUGAAUAUUUGACAGGGAACUUGACGUUAUCGGUGAUCCGCUGGGAACACCGUUGUCCAAAGCUGGACUGGCUGACUACUCAAGGAAAAAACGCUUGUCAAGCUAUGGAUUUUGCGUAGCGAAGUCACGCAUUUUUAAAGGCAACGCUAGGGUGACAUUGCAGUCUUCUCACCACAUCGGUUAUUUCGUCGUCCGACAAAAAAAUCAAAGAGUGAAAGUGGAGUAUUGUCCGUCAUACGCAUCAACGCAGUGGGAUUUCUACGUCUGGUCGGCGUUCCCCCCCACCCUUCCCGCGGUGACGGUUAUGGGUCGGAAGCGGUGUGUCGGUGCAGAUUGUUCCAAGAUGGCGGCCGGGUGCUGCGGGGUGAAGAAGCAGAAACUGUCGGGAUCGCCCGGGUCGGGGGGUCCCGGCGGGGUGGGGGCGGGAAGCGGGGUGGCAGGAACCGGACAUUGUGGAUCGGAGUUAGGGAUUGGCUCCUCGGCGACUGUUGCAGCAGCGGCGGCCAACGCGAGCAGAGCCAACGGCCUGGGGGGACCCGGGGGUAACGUUAGCGGCGGCGGCAGCAGCAGUGGCAGUAGCGGGACGAACGCUCUGUCCCCAGCCCCAGCCGGUUACACUUCAUCCGGCCUUUCCCCGAAUCUUAGCCCGGGACCUGGCUCGGGAAGUGGGGGCAGAAAAAUGGUCGUCUCCGCGGAGAUGUGCUGCUUCUGUUUCGACGUGCUUUAUUGCCAUCUGUACGGAUACCAACCUCCGAGAACACCCAGGUUUACAAACGAUCCCUACCCGCUGUUUGUCACAUGGAAAAUAGGCAGAGACAAGCGGUUGAGGGGUUGUAUAGGUACAUUUUCUGCCAUGAAUCUGCACUCAGGACUCAGGGAGUACACCCUUACCAGUGCCCUUAAAGACAGCCGCUUCCCCCCCAUGACAAGGGAUGAGCUGCCUCGCCUCUUCUGCUCAGUGUCUCUUCUCACCAACUUUGAAGACGUCGGUGAUUACCUUGACUGGGAGGUGGGUGUUCACGGUAUUAGGAUAGAGUUUUUCAAUGAAAAAGGAUCAAAGCGCACCGCCACCUACCUACCAGAGGUUGCAAAGGAGCAAGGUUGGGACCACAUUCAAACCAUAGAUUCCUUAUUACGAAAGGGAGGUUACAAAGCUCCCAUCACAAAUGACUUCAGGAAGACCAUUAAGUUAACCAGAUCAGAUCCAGGCUCACAGAUGUAUGGGUGUAUUAGAGAAGUUGACAUUUUGCCUAAAGAACGAGAAAGAUGUGAAAUCCUGAAACGACUGUAUGUAGGAGGCAGCUUCCAGAAAAUAACCAAUCAUAACAGAGUGGGCUCAUCGGGAGAUGGGCUUUAUAUCAGCCAGGUUAAAAUAAAUGACUUAUUUAACUGUAAGUCAAAGAUAUCUUAGUAUAGUCUAAUUUAAAUACAGAGCUACAAAUGUGCCUGAAACAUCCCCUUUAAGAGAAAAAAAUCCUUAAGACUGUUUGUUGUUCUGACCGAAGCUUCCAAAGUCUAGUAUUGACUCAUUCAUGUUAAACUAACUUCAGCCACACAGGGUCACAGCAUGUGCUCACUGUGGCUGAUAAUAGCUCCAACCCCCCCCCCCCCACAGGACACGACGGGGUCAGCUACCCUUCACCGACAUGUCUGUUCUCAUUUCUAGGUACCGUAGCGAGAAGAUGACAAUGGGUUAUGCAGAGUACAUUGCCCACCGCCAGCACCAUCACUACCAGAAUGGCAUUGGGCACCCUCUACCACCCUACAACCAUUAUUCCUGACAGCGAGCCGCAUGACCAAUCAUUGGACCUCUCUGCGGACCUUUUCCCAGGAGAGCCUGCCCCCUCCUGGUCUAGCUAUUUCUACUACUGUACCAUUUUAUGAUGAUAGUUUCCGUUGCCAUGCUGGCCGUCUCCCAGACGUUGACAUGGCAACGGGUGGCAACGAAGCAUCAUUUGAUAAUGGGAAGAGAUCCACAUUUUUCGUUUUCUUUGCCUGUGGUUAAGUUUUUGCAGCAUAUGUAUACUUCUAUCUAUAACCCCCUUCAUUCAUAUUUUUUGAAAAAUUUAACAAAUAUUAGAUUUUAUUAAUCUUUUAAGCAAACCUAAUCAGGUGUUUGAUUCUGUGGAUGGAAGGAAGUCUCUUACAGUGGAUUAGUCUUGCGCUUUAUAUUGUUUAGGCUUUGCUACAAUUUUACAUUUACUAAGAAAAUUCGUUAUUUUUUUCUUUCCUCUUUUUCUUUAUCUUACUAUCCAGACAUUACGUAUACCAUGUAGCAAGGCAACUGCAGUUCUCAAAGGCUGUGUCGUCUCUAUUCUGAUUCCUCUCAAAAAAAAGGUCGACUGUUGAGGUUGUUUUAGCCUUGUAAACUGUAGUGUUGUAGUUGGAACUAUAUAUACUGGGAUCUGUAUACUCCAAAGUAUAGAUUGUAGGAUUGUGAUGCCCUUUGACCAGCCCUCGCUGGUUGUCUUUAUUGUUUGAGCUCACAAUCGUGUGUGUGUAUGUGUGUAUUUCUGUGUGUGGAUAUAGACAUUGGUCUGCCAUGAGAUGAAAAACCAGUAGAGUAAAUUAGUAAUUGGAUUGAACCUAAAGAUUCCCUAAGAACAUUUUUUUGGACCCCCCCCCCCCCCACCCUCGCUCCCCUCUGAGUAUUUGUAGUGUUUUUGUGGUUGAACCUGUAAAUCUUGAACUGCGUAUGUUUGGCUAGAGUUCACGGCGGCGUUCCCUCUUUACUCUUUUAGUUUUUCUGGUUCAACUUUUUUUCCAAAUAUAUGGUAACUGCGGAGGAAGCCAUUUUGUCUGAGGAUAAUCACAUCUGUGCAGGUGAUUUGUUAACUGCGUUUGUAAAAUAAAUGGGCUACGAGUGGGUCCGAUCUCCCUGCAUUGAAGAGGGGGAGCAGUUGUAACUACAGGUCCCUAGAAGAAGUUUAAAAAAAAAAAAAAUGCAUGCUUUCAAAUGUGUGUUGGUUUCUGAGUUCACUGGCAGGGAGUCACUCGACAGGGACAUGCUAUAACUACUUAAAGCCAUAUUCUCUUUUUAUUCCACACUUUGUAAGAGUGGUCAGUUGUUUGGCUUGAAGUGUUUGCAUUCGAUGCCACUAAACAUUUUGGAGGGGGUGUUCAUCCUCUGAAUGCAGACGUAAACCAGCCAGCCACAGGCGAAGGCUGCAUCACUGAAUACUCGUCGAGCUCGGCGGUUUCAGCCAUCUGUCUGAUGUCUCGUGAAUAUUGCCUGCGUCUUGUGGAAUCAUUGUCUUGCCCUUUUCAGAUUAAUAGCUAACCAUUGUCACUUGUCCACAACGUAUGAUGUAUUAAAA